UUAUAAUAUAAGUAAGUUUAUAACUAGGUAUGUAAUAACACAAUUUCUAGGUAAGAUUUUUUACUGACUACAUAUAAGAACUAAACUAGGUUAUGCUGACCUAAUUCACCAUAUCAGACGAGGUAAAUAGAUUCAAUUAUAAUGUUUCAAUUAUGAUGAUACCAUAAAAGACAUCGGAAAGAAGAAUACCGGAUAGUAAUGAAUGAGGUUAACUUAAUACAACUUGAUCUCCUUCUGAUAAUCUGUAUAAAAGUAACAUAUGUCAACUAAUAUUUUUAGAUACGAUUCAAACUUGUAUAAAAUAACAAAUUCAACAUGAAUUCAUUUGUUUUCUUAUGUUUUGUUUUAUCCGUCGCGGGUAUUGAAGCUCAUACAGUUCAUCUUCCACAUUCACAAAAAGAGAAAGCCCAUUUACACAUUGCGGAAUGUAUGAAAGAAAGUGGAGUUAAAUCUGAAGUAUUAGCAGAGGCGAAGAAAGGCGUAUUCGAGGACGAUGAGGCGCUAAAGAAAUUCACGUUGUGUUUCUUCCAAAAAUCUGGUAUAAUAUCUGAGGAAGGAAAGUUGAAUGUAGCAGAAGCUUUAGCUAAAUUACCAAGCGACGUUGACAAGAAACAUGCUGAGAAAUUGCUAGAAGAAUGCAAAAAGAAAACAGGAAAGAAUCACGCGGAUACUGCCUUUGAAAUUUACAAAUGUUACUAUCAUGGUACGAAAGAACAUAUUUUACUCUGAAUGUUUAUUUUUAAGGUAAAAUUUGUUAUAGCUAUUUAAUAAUUAUAAUGUCAGAUUAAAGUAAACCUUAAAAUAA